AUGUCCAUUAAAACAAUUGAUAAGAAACAAAAAAUUAAAAUUAUUACAUUAGGGCCAAAAGGGGCAGGAAAAGUAUAAAUAAUUAAAUAUAAUAUAGACAUCAUUGCUAAAAAGAAUAUUUUAUGAUAGAUUUUAACAAAAUUAAAUGGUAACAUUAGGAAUGGAGUAUUUUGAAAAAAAUUUAUAAAUAAACAAUUAAUCUGUUAAAUUAGAAUGUUAUGAUACUGCUGGAUAAGAGAUAUAUAAUUCACUUUCUAAACUAUACUAUAGGGGUACUCAUGGUGUUUUCUUAGCUUUUGAUAUUACAGAUGAAGAUUCAUUUAAGAGAGUUCAGACUUGGCUCAAAAGUAUAACUAUAAAUAAAUUAAGUUGCACUAGAAGAAACAAUUAAUAAUACAGAUAUAUAUUUAUUACUUAUAGGAUGUAAAUCAGACCUAGAAUAGCAAAGAAAAAUUUCAGUCGAUGUAGCCUAAUCUUAUGCAUAAAAUUUAGGAAUGAAUUAUAUUUAGACCUCAGCAAAAACUAGUAAAAACUGUUAGGUAGCUUUUGAUUUUUUAUGCAUGACUUGCCUUGAAAAAAGGAAUCAAAGAAGCCUAUAAGAAAAUGAAUAUGUAGCAAUUAAAUAAAAUUAUUCAUAAAAGAGCAGAUAUUGUUGA